AUGCCUAAACGGAGUCUCGGAAGUGAGUAUCCUGUGAUGCCAACCUUCAACAUAUUUUUCAUGAUUGACCAAGAGCGCCAGCUAAGUAAUGACGGACGCAUUUCUCUACCUUCUUGCAGCCAUGAAGAUCUUCAUGAAGCUAAAACUAUCCAAACUCAUCUGGUUAACUUUUCCUACUGUAAAUUACAAUAUCCAAAUGACCUUAAUGUCCUAUGGUAUUUAUGACACCGGAAGAUUAGUAGACCUAACAUACUUAUUUUUUCUCCCCAUGGUCUCUGUUUUCGGCAAUUUUCGACAUCCAGUUCGAGUUUCAAACUCGCACUUCGUAUUCGUUUGAUUGGUUUCUUGUCAGAUAGGCAUAUUGUGAGAGAUUUAUGCCUACAGUAUCUCAUUGCUCCGUUUCCUGACCGUGUAUUCCAGGUAAAUUACCUACUACCAUUGCAUAUGCCGAACUACUAUUUUUGUCCUAGGGAAAUGCUAAAAACUUAGCUGCAAAGGAUCGGCCAUAAAUGCACCCACAUCCUUGCAUUAAAAUGUCCAGAUAUCAUGGAAUAUAGGGAUAUGAAAUAGGACUCUAAAUUUUCUACCUUAAGUCGUAAAAGAAUAACGGAACCUGUAGGGGAAAUUUGUUUUACUCAUUGAAGCGAUGCACUAGAGGCAGAGCUUGAUUCAACUCGCUUCGGAAAGUUAAAUAAAUUAAUAUCAGAUGACAGAAUUGAAUUAUCAAAUGAUUCGUACGGCCAACAAGGCACGAGAGGCAGUAACUUUUCUUCUUUUAUAUACAGGAGUUAGGAUCAACUCAAAUCCGACUCUCGAAAAAAGAAUCUUCUUCUUUUAGUAAUGCAUUACUUAAAAAGCGAGGGGUAUGUUAGUAACAUGCGAACGCAUUUUAUUUAAGUUUUCUACAAGCGGCUGAGGCAUUAGUUCAUGAAACAAAUCUCGAUUUUGCUGCCUACGAGAUCUGCGACAACAUUGACUUGGAUACUAUAUUGAUGGAUUUUGAAAGCUUUUAUUUUGUUAAAUUCAAUAAAUAUCCAAAGAUUUCCAAGAAAGUUGCUAGUAAGUUUAAAAAUAUUGGAUAUACUUGUAGGCGCCUCAGAAAAACUUAAGAAUUCUGCCGGUUCCGAAAACGGAACAAGAAAGAAAAGGUUUGUGUUAGACAUCAUGUUAUUACAAACCCCAGCAAAUACAGUACGUUUUUACCGAAAAUCGGCGGCUCGUCCACUAAUUCUACGAAUUCCCCUACCGUUGUACCUAACCCCCAACCCAGUGUAAAGGGGGUUUCUGCAAGCUCCUCAGAAGGCAUGGUACGUCCGUUCCACUGUAGACUUAAACAUUGAUCUAUUAUAGCCUAAUAAGGACAUUUUACGGUCAAAACCAAUAAAAACUAAAAAUAUUAAGUAUUUAAACCUUAUUAUAAAGUAAAACGAGAGUUAUUUUUGACUUAAUAUGCCAAUAUGCGCUGGGAAAGCAUUUAUAAACGGAUCAUUCGCAAACAUCAUGACUACGUCUGCUUGUACCCCGUUUCAAAUAUUGGCUAUCUUUUGCAUACGUAUCAGAUGUCGACCUAUAGUAAAAAUGGUUAUAGAGAAAUGGUAUGCAAUAACACUGAAUGAAUCGCUUUGUCCUGUAUCAUAUCUUUUACCGAGGUCGAAUUGAAGUCAGACCUUUUUAACUGUAGGUGGGUUUGACCCUCAUAUAACGCCGUCCGACAAACAGCAACGAUUAGAAAAGGUGUGCUUAUCAACCAAUUUAUAUGUCCAGGGCUUUUGGGGGUGCAAAAGGACCACUCAAUAUUGUGUGCUUGCUUGUCUCCUCACUUCGAGUUUUGCAUCGCUUCUGUCCUAUACUCAAAAAAUAAAGUCUUAUCUUACCGAGUUUGCCCUUGCCUUUGUGGCCCAAGGCAAAUACAUUGGAUUUGGUAGCAGAAGGGAUUUCGGCCUCGUCUCCGUGCCCAGUCGUACAGAACGGCACAAUCUCCAACGAUACUCGGAAGUCGCAGAAAUUUGGACCAAUAAUUGACUUCCGCGCAAUCAUUAAUCAAGAAAACCGAAUGAGUCAGUCUGAAGAAAUUCCACACCAGGUCAGAAGGGGCCUUCUCAUGUUGCAAUUGCUAAUUCAACUUAUUUUGCUUCUUUAUCUAAAAUAAUGGAUGACGAAACUUUGCCCACACUGGUGAGCUUUAGAGGCUAGUCUGCAUGGCGUAGGAAGAGCAUACAGCACAGAACAGCCUGUUUGAAAGUAAUUUAAAUCUCAACAAACUCCUCUCUUUAACGCCGUGAAGGCGAUAAAAUAGCCGUUUGACCAAGUUGUAGGUGCGUUACAAAUUCAUAUAGGUGGUAUCUUAGCCUUAAACAUAAUCAUUCUUAGCCACAUUUGGAGCUCCUGUACCAUUUUGACAGAGAUAUAGUUAGUGACAGUGCUGGUAGCUUCCCAUUUUAAAACUUCUGUCCACUUAACCUGAUGUUUUGAUCCUAUUGCCCAACCAAACAAGUGCGAAUAUACUGACUUUUUCUUACACAUUUUUCUUAGGAAAGAUUGCUAAGACCAUUGGGUUCCUACGCCGGCUAUUCGGCUGAAUGGAGGGAGUUUGCUGCUACGAUUUCAAGGGUAUGUUAACGCACUUUUUAAGUCAGCUUAUUUCAAAAACCUCAGGCAAAGACGGAGUGCUAAGAAUUAUCGACAUCUGCUCCAAUACGCGUCCUGAUAUAUUCAUAAAAAGGAUUUUUUUCUCACUAGGACGGCUUAUUCUUAAUUCUAGACUUGCGGGUCUUCAUCAUCAAAAUUACUAUGUUAGUCUCUUAAAGAUAUCUACUUAUGUACACACUUACAAUACUUUUUAACGUUUCUACCAAUGAUGGAUUUAGCCAGGCAUACUACGACAGCUGAUGCUUAGUUUCGACUUACGUAAGAUUAAAAAAUUACAACAGAUAAUUAUGUCUUCAUUAAUGAAUAUGGAGGACUUGUAGUGGGUUUUAACUGGGCUUUUCCUCAAUAGUGCACAGCAGGUCGAGAGAAAACUUUGGUGGCCGCGAGUAAUUAGGAUCCGUAGGAUCCGCAUCCAUCAGAUUCAAAAACUAAAUUACGUCAAGCUGUGCCCUUUUGAGCGUCCGAAGCGUGCUUCGCUGAAGGCUAUUCUCAUUCGAAAUACACAAAACCGUUCUGUUGCAAGCGUUUCGGUCGACCGUUUUCCGUGUGCCUGAUGAAAUAUGAUGAGUCAAGUACGAAACAGUAUGUUGCUCAUUUUCAUGAGAGAACUGAUCUCGUCACCAACGAGGAUGCCUCUUAAGAUAAAAUUAAUCGAGUUCAGGGUUUUUGUUAUUGACAAGAGUACUCCGCUGAACAACUGUCUUUAGGUACGAAAAAACCUAUUGUAAUCUUUAUUUUAGGACAUUUAUCUUCACAAUCCGGACGUUCACUGGAAUGAUAUAAUCGGUUUGGAAUCCGCUAAACGCCUAGUCAAGGAGGCGGUUGUUUACCCGCUAUCAGUGAGCCAAAACAAAUGCACGAUUGUCAUUUUGCAAGUUUAUACCUCUUUCCAUCAUCUGUUUAAAAGAUGGCUGUGAUGUAAGAAACGUAUGACUGCGGGUGCUUAUGAGGCUGUCUUAUUCGCUCAAAAACCAAAAUAUUCACUGAAUUUUCAGUUCAGUGACUGGUUUGUUGGUAGUGGUUAUUUUUCUUUCUUUGUCCUGAGAAUGUUGGCGGUGCCGCUAGUGAUAAAAACUAUCUUGAUUAUGGUGAGGAUCAUAAUAAUGAUAUCGACAAACUUUAUGAGGCUGCCGAUGUCGAUGAUCGUGAUGGCGGUAGCGGCGGCGGUGGCAGCGAAUACCGUGCUCAGAGAAGUUUCAACACUCGUAUUUAUAAGGAACAUCUCGCCUGAUAUUAUUCGCUGAACAUUCUGCUUCGAUGGUGACUUUUUCAACCGGAACAAACACAAUUUAGGUCAAAGGCAAUGCUAGAAAACGAUCAGAACAAUUGGGAUAAUUCGUGUGGUUCUGUAAUACUAACGUGAUGACAUUAGCGGCAUAUAAUCGCCGGGCUUUUCACAUCACCAGGCUCCAGGUUAGAGUGACCACUCCGUUCAGCAUAUACUUCCUAUUAUAAUGAAGUCGGACUAUCAUUUCCCGUAAGCAGGUAGACCUCAUAGAUCUAAAAGGACUUGAAGUAACAGGUUAUCCGACCGACAAGUCGCCUGGGGUUUCAUCACAAAUGCAUGCAUAAUAUUCUACUCGAGGACCUACAGCACCCCGUUCCAGCUGAUCCGGUGUCCUUCGUUUCAUGAGCGGGCGCAAAUAUCACUGUAAUACAGUUGUCUUUCAAAUAACUGAUUGUACUUGUUUUCUAAUUGUAGUAUCCACAACUCUUUACUGGAAUACUUUCGCCCUGGAAGGGGUUGCUUCUCUACGGUCCGCCAGGUAACUUAACCCCUUUUUUCGUGUUCCACUUAAAAUAACGCUAGGGAUAAUCCCCUAAUGGAAUACUUUUUUGACAAAAAGGGACGGGCAAAACGUUGCUUGCAAAGGCUGUUGCAACGGAAUGUAAAACCACCUUCUUCAACAUAUCCGCUUCAACCAUCGUUAGCAAAUGGCGAGGCGAUUCGGAAAAACUGGUCAGGGUAAGAUCUCUCCUCCAUACCAUCUCCCCCGUCACUGCCAUAACCGCUAGGUGGCGAAAUAUUAUCUCGAGAAAGGCCUAAAAAUGUAAAUUGGAUAAUUUCCGCUUCGUAAUCUCUUAGGUUCUCUUCGAACUGGCUCGGUUUCAUGCCCCGUCAACAAUCUUCCUUGAUGAGCUUGACUCCCUCAUGUCCCAACGCGGUUCCUUUGGUGCAGGCGACUCUACAGGAGGGUCGCAGGGCAGCUGCGGUUCCCUAGGUGGGUCCACGGAGCACGAGGGAUCGCGUCGAAUGAAGACGGAACUUCUUAUCCAGAUGGAUGGUUUGGCAAAAUCAGACGACCUUGUUUUUUUGCUGGCCGCAUCCAAUAUACCAUGGUUAGUUGCUCAACUCGGUAUUAGAUAUAUACGAAGCAUUAACAUCUACUGACGACAAACAAGUAGACAUUGUUUUUUCGAACUUUUAGGGAACUGGACCAUGCUAUGCUAAGACGACUGGAAAAGCGAAUCAUCGUGGAUUUGCCAAACAAGGAAGCUCGAAAACGGAUGUUUGAAAACCUACUCCCUCAGAAGCAGGCAUCUUCGGAACCUGGAGGACUGGAAUUGAACACGCAGAUAGACUAUGAUCGUGUCGCUGAGGUAUUUGGUGUGUAUGUUGCCCAUAACACGGGCAGACGGUAUCUAAUUUUUUAUGUUGCCUACAGUCCUUAUGGAAGGAACUUAUUCAAGUAAACAAGGCGGACGCUUAGUAUUUCAUAUUGUAGUGGGGAGACGCCUGAGCGUUAGAAUUAAGUUUCUUCCGAACAGUAACAAUUAUAGCGGACAGCUGCUCCUUAUUAAGUUUACAUUAAAUCCCCUAGGAAUAGUUAGACUUGCUUAGUUAACGAGCUCCGUAUUGUAGUCAAUAAAAAUUGAUUGCAACACUGGUUACCAUGGGUGACGACAUUUACAGAGAACAAAGGACGUUUUCUUUGCCCUGGAAGCGAAAGAACUGUGACGCCCGACAUCGCUUUUUUAUAAUUGUCCUACUUAUCGCGUUUUCAUCAUCUGGGCUGGAGCAGAUUACGCUAUGUGUUCGGUGCGCAGAAGAUGAAAUGCGGUCAGCGGAGGACUUUCAGAAAAAGCAAAUUCACACUGAGAACAAUUGAAACCAGUUGCGAAGGUCCACGGAAGCUUUGAGUGAACUACGUUUAACCGGAGCCAGUCAGCGUACGCCAAAUUAUCGAUCUCGUCCGCUGGUGUUGAGUUGUCAGGGAACGACCUGAUGAUCACUAUAGAAAUUCUGCAUCACAGACACGAGUCCAAGAAGGAAGUGAUACUUCUGGACAAACACUUAUGCGUGCGAUACUUGCUGGGAAGCCGGCCUACGCCCAGGGUCGGUGCAGAUGCAGAGUAGGUGCAAACUAGUACUUAUUUAUUUCGGACCCCCACAAUGGAGUGCGCUGUAGAUACGCCGCACAGAAACGCGGGCUAGGCCGACUCGUAGCAUGCGUUUAUCCAGCUGCGCUAUGCAGAUGCCAACUGGAGGUAAAACUCGACCCUUCUUAGGACUGAGAGUCAAACCGUAAUGGCUCCUUCUACAUGUGGCACCUACCCAUUCGAGAUCCGAACGGACCCUACAGCAGCCUGGUACGUGAAGGAGAGAUAAGUUUGUGUAUGUCACACAUACAGGGACUGUUUAACUCUGUCAGCAACUGCGUCCACAUUCACGCCCUGACAGGGUCUUGUUACCGGGGUUGGGGAGGAGAGGGUGUAGUAGAUGUUGAGCAUGUCUGCUGUGCUGUGAGCAGCAGGUGUCGUCGUUCGCGGCGAUCGAACUGUCGUUGUCAGCGCAAAAUAUGCGCGCAUAGCAUCUGUCGCGAAGACAAGUCGGUUCGGUCGGAUCGUCUUGUGUAACGGUGAUAGUUGAGGUACUUGGCCUCCCUAACGGCCUACUGCAUCGCUUAUAUGUCUUAUAGGAAUUUCAUGACCUCCUGUGCAGCAUUCCAGAGCAAUCUCACCGCAAGCUAUUUUGCCCUUUUUCAGCUAACUGAGGGAUACUCAGGCUCGGAUAUUCGUCUUGUAUGCAAGGAGUCAGCCAUGAGUGUGGUACGAAAAAUCUUCGAGAUCCUUGAAGAUAACUCAGGAAAUGGUCAGUUGAUCUUACUUUGGCAUGCGCUUUUGACGUCUGAGCAGGCUUUCCUUUAAGUUUUCUGUUUGAAGAAGUCCUCCUAAAUGGAGAUAACACUCAUAGCCUCUUAGCAACUAACAUCAAGGUGCCUUCUUAAUGUGACUUCUAUGACAUUCUCACGCAUAUGGAAUCCCAGCUGCCCACCGCUUUGUGUGAAAUUCUGGUGUGGUGUGUGGGAUGCCAGCCCAUGUGUGUGUGUGCGACACGCAAAGUCGGGCUGGUUUCUGUUCGGCCAGCCAAUGCGCCCAAUCCCAACACCGGAUGAUUGACAGGCUGGAACAGUAAACUGUUGUCUGGGAGAGGGAAAAGAGAGAGAGGUCGACGGUCUUAGCGCAUAUUGCCCGCUAUAAACAAUCUAACGCGCCUGAAUUUAUCACGCCGGGCUAAGAACCGGGGUUGGAAAGACUGCCAACCCAUGGGAUCACUCAAUACUCCUCCCAGGGCGUAGAUACAGGCUGCAAUGACUACUUGUUUAUGUGGCUUUUAUGGCACUCCCAUCCAGUUACGAUCCAAGCCUCCUCCCCCCUUUCUUGUUCUGUAAAAUCCUGGCCCUUUGUGCUCUGACGAAGAGACGUGGUGUCACGCCUAGCUUCUGGCGCACGCCGCGCUAGCCACUUUCACGCCAUUCCGUCUCCGGUCAUCUUGACCCUGUCUUGACACCGGGGCCAGGUUUGGGAGGAGGAGCGCAGCAGAUACAGCGCAAGUCUACUACCGCUAUAAACUAGUCCACGCGCAAUCCAACGUCUCUGAAACCACCUUGCUGUUCAGCAUGGGGGUGAAAUAGUCGGAAUCGACGGUCAGACUGGCAAAGUAACACGCUAACGAGCAUUUCACAUUUCACAUAAAAUGACACUGUAAGUCCUUAACGAUCAAAAUUUUUAUCAGGCUACUUGAAAACCAGUGUGGGUGUCAAACUAGUUCCGUCAAGGGCCUACCUCAUCUCAUUCGCAUGGAACUUAUAUCCGCAAUCAAUAUCAACAACUCUACCGCAGUGUUUCCUUUCAAGCUGCUCAGUUUUACAUGCUCCUUGUUUAGUAGUGCAUGUUAUUAGUAGUUUGAGGGUGUGGAAACUGGAUUUUAGCAUAGAACGAUCUCUCUAUCACCAGUGUCCGGAGAAGGAGGUAGUUCUGAGAGAAUGUCUGACAAUACGUUUUCGCAAGUUUCAUGAUGGAUCGAUUAACCUGUUGUAGUAAUUCAAUUAUCAAGAAGAUUAACGUCACAGAGUAUUCAUCAAAUCAAUCCUUUUGUAAGGUUGUGAAUGACGAUUUUUAGUUACCGUUGCCUCGUGCUAUUCCUUCGAAUGAAGCAAUCCCACGUAGUGUUGAGCACGUUAGUCCGCAGUCGCUUUGGCAAGAUAGCGGAGAUAUUUCAAGCCAAACAGUGGAGAUAUUUAGGGCAUUUGGACAAGUUCUGCGUCACCUGCCGUAUGAGGUAGGUAUCACUGCCCUAAAUUUGACGCUGUUGGAGGCGCUGAAGAAGGGACCAGCACAAAACCUGACUCAACAAAGUCCGCGAUGCCAUGGAGGUGCCUUUUGAACCAUCGGCCUUUGGUCGAAUUUCCCAAGUGGUCGCAGAUAGUCGUGAGUGAAGAUAUAAGUUAUGGAGCCUCACUGAAACCUUAUAAACAAGUACGCCUGUAAAUGGAAUGUAUAUGUCUUUGUCGGUCAUGUUAUUCUGCCUAAAUAUAUACAUUUAUAAUAGCUGAAUUACGUUCACCGAUCGGGUUACGGGACAUGCACAUCCCGUUGUUCCUUGAGGCUCAGUCUAGAGCCCACGAAGGCAGUCAUAUAGUGGUUAUAAAUAUAUACUGAAAGAAGUACCGGAAAAGUCACCGAAGACUGGAAUUGUCAUUUUUGGCUUAUUAGCCCUAAUCAGCCAGCCAUAGCCAACCUAUCCCAUGUUCUCAAAAAACCUGAGUUUGGAUGCGGCUAUCUGGCAGCGUUGGCCUGUAGGCCUCUACACCUUUCGGCAUAUAUUUAUAUAAAAGAAUCACUGCCAGAACUUCAGUUUGUGAAAGUUGUUGGUUUGAGGUCUUUCGGACAAAAUACAGGCAAGUGCGGCAAUAAGAGAACCGACUGAGGAUGCAUCCUGUGUAAAUCUGUAAAUUUUCGGAUGAGUUACUACUUCUUCCGAGACUCAUUUAGCUUUGCUUCUACUUGCCUAUUUUCUCUUUUUGCCCAAUUUAGGUCUGAAAGAUGCAAAAAUCCGACUGGACACCGUCACUACGGCCGAUGUGGAACGGGCCAUAGCUUCAACCAUGCCAUCUGCCCGCGGGUUCGCUGCGAAGUACAGGGACUGGCAAGAGCGAUAUGGUUCGGUGUAGGGGAUCUCGCUCUUCAAACCCGCUUGCCCACCCCGUGCUUGUCUGUUACAUGUCUGUUUUUUGACCGCCGCAUGUCUUUGUAAAUACUCCCACCUGUUCAUAUGUUUCAGUUGAUCUCCGCUCGAAUAGAAGACCUAGUCGAACAACGAUGAUUAGUAUUAAAUGUUAAAAAAAACGCUUACUGAACAUGUAUGAGUAGAAAUGGAAACAAAUAUUCCGUCGAACGAGGCUACUGGCCGCUGUCUGUGUUGAGUCAAUAUCUAAUAAUUUCCCGUCAAACUUCGUUUGCAGCAAUAGCACUUACAUGUAGUAGGGGCGAUCAACCUGGGCAACAAGUGUGCUGACCAUUUUUUUAUCAUUAAUAUGAAACACUUCAGCGAUCACUGAGGCUCAAGGAAAAGAUUAAAAUUCGAGUUAAGGUUAAGACCGACACAUGCAGUUUGCAUCUCGAGAACCAUAAACUCAGAAAGGACAACGCCGCCUUCUGCGCAGUGCAGAUGAGAAGAAUCAGACAAUGAAGAGAGUCCAGAAAUUUGGAUGGCAGUUAAAGUAAGAUAGACGUUAUCUGCGGACAUUAAUUUACACACCUGAGCUUUUGGACCUGUUCUCGGGCACAUUUUCAGAGAUAUUAAAAGACUGAUAAAGCAGUUUACCUCGUGAGUUGGUCAGUCAGUCUGAUCUUAUGUCACUGAGGUUAGUCAUAUCGAUCGUUGUGAUAGUCGUGGAUCGUCUGCUUCAGCCUGACCAAUUAGUGUUUGGUGGACAGGGGCGCGAGUUUAAUGCGUACGUUUAACAAGUUGCACGUCUGGAUCGGCUAUCGCAGGAUCACUGGCGUCUUGAUUGAUUAGCCUUGUGUGGCAUAACUACAUGAAGGUGUGAUUCAACUCCAGCCAGUGAGUAAUUACACGACAGCCGUUGCCGAAGUUGUCUAUUGUGUGCUCUACAAUAGGCUGUGAGGGCAGACAUGGCGAUCUGUGCGUGAAUUAGUUUAUGGUGAUAGUGGACCUUUAAAACAUCUAAUGCACUCUCUCCUUCUCCCCACCUGGGUCCGGUGUCAAGACAGAGUCAAAAAGACCGAAGACGGGAGAGGUCGUAGGUGGAUGGCGCGACCAAACUCGCACCUGACGCUCCACUUCACACACCCUGCUCCUCUCUGCAAUGGACCAGGAUUUUAAUUAACACCAACAAUGGGGGAGUGACGGGGGUCCCAAUGUUUGCGACCACUGCCGGCAACUGGGUCUGCCACCGCACCCCGAAAUGUUGGCAGUGGUUAUGGCGCGCAUUUCGAUAACGCCUGCCAGAAUCCGAUAUGGUCCCCGCGUUGGUCUAGCGCAUCUACCGCGUGGCACGUUUGGGCGGCGCGUCUUCACACAGAUGAUAAUUACUCUCCCCUCCGAGCGGCUACUAACAGACUGUGAGGAGGAUUUAUCCUGAGGAACUCCACCUGGUCGCUGAAAUUCGCCACGCAGGAAGAUGUUGAACAUGAAAUAAAAACACCGGCUGGCAGCAGAACAUACAGUAUGACCGGCAUAUCCUAGCAAGACAGACAAAAUGUAGGUGAGCAAUACGAUGGGGAAGUGCCAGAUGUUAAAAGUCGAAUCUGGUAGGCUAUUUUGCGAACUUCGCUAAAAAGGAUAGAAUAAAAAGGAAUGAAUGGCGCACUGGCAACUGAGGAAAACUAGUGCAUUUGGAAUCAGCGUUGUCGUUCGGAGAAAGUUCAAAUGCAGAAAACCCAAAACGCCCUGACUAGAUAGGCGGUUGUGUUGGGAGUGCCUACACUCCCAAAAACAAGAGCCAGCCAAUCGCUGGAGGCCACGUGCGUCUUGUCUAGCACGCCGUCAGUAUGAUGGUGGCGCCUCGCCAUUGGCUGCUCCCUUCAAGCCUGAUUGAUCCGUGUAUGUGAGUAAUCGAUCAGCUCUUCUAGAGUGUUCUUUUCGAAAAGCAUUGGACCGAAUGCAGACAAACCCCAAUAGGGUGUUAUAAAUACGCAUUAUUUUUCCAGUUAGACUUGACUUGCAGUUUCCUAAUACACUACUUUGUGACCGGUCGUGCUUCCUCUGCCGCGUUGGUAGUGGGAACAUGAGUCGAGUGCGCAUACGUUCCGCGUAAUUUCCAGUUACCAGCCAGGGUCAUAACAGUUUGUCAAGAUGAUUUUCGGCACAAUGGCACCAGAAUGGUUUGAUAGCAUGAAUUCCUCAGGAAACCUAGGGCUGUCAUUAAAUUAUUAACUGCCAACAGUCCGCGACACUCAAUCCCCUUCACAGGAAGAGGACUAUGAUCCUGUUCAAAAAGUAUUGUCGAAUUCGAAGGGUUGUUUGAGUACGCAGAAAAAUCUCGAUCCUCAGGAGAGUUUCAUCCAUGUUAUGUCGUUUAGAAGACAGGUUGUUUGUCAUCAUUCACAGCUAAAUAAAAUCAAAUUGGAGGGAGUGAUAAAAAUGCCCUUAUUCAAAACCUCAGAGAAAUAACAGUAUAUCAAAGCCAGGAGGAACACUGCGGUCGCUUUUCAAAAAUGAUCGCGAGGCCCGAGGUCCCAUAAAUGCAGAUUCCGAUCCCGGUUGAUUCAGUUUCAUUCAGUACAAUCUGCAGAAUGCUGAUGACUCCCAAUCAACUGAAUCUAUUGUGGUAGAGCUACACCUGAGAAAAUCGUUUAAAAGUGGAGUGGACUACGUGAGAACAGUUUGCUCGGCAUCAACAUACUGGAAGGCCAGAAGAGUGAAUGUGGGGUGUGACAAACAGUAUGUUUUCCCGCGAGCUGCGAGUCCGCCAUCAUGAACUUCGGCCCAGGCUUAAGUGGUCUGUUGUGUUUUACAACGCAAGGCACCUUCUGCGUUCGUUCAAUGCCUGAAUCUACUUCCUCACACAAACAACUCACUCCUUAGAAAUCAGUGACGAGGGGGGGUGCUAUUGCAGUUGGGAAAGGUGUAAACAGGCGGUGGAAAGGAGGAGGAGGAGGAGCAAAAAGAAGUCAGCUUAGGCAAAUUGACGUUUUUUAAUUAAUAAUUACCAGGUACUGCCGCUAAAAUACGUCUCAUUGGUGAGAAAAAAGCCAGACCGAUUCCCUCCAUGUUGCAGGCCUGCGCACAGCGGUCAACGCCUUUUCGGGCCCAGGACGGUAGCAAAUUCAGCUGACUCACCACCGGACUGGAAACGACUCAUUAGCAUGCAGGUAAACAAUGUGUGCCUCUAGAACAAAGCAAAUUUUGCAAGCCAUCGGAAUGUGGAGGUAAUAAUCGUCCAAGUCCUCAAGUAAUCAAGUAGAAUUCGACAGGCAAUUUGGCGAGCAUACGUCUGCUUUCGAUAAAUUCUCUUCAGGCCUGUACAUUUAUAUGGCUAUUGAAGUAAUGCAUUAAAAGAUACGGGCGAGUAGAUAAUUGAGAUGUAGCUCGGGUUUGGGGAGGGGAAGAGUGAAACACCAUAAUUCCAGUCAGCGUCAGGGAGAAGGUGGGUCUCAGCGAAGGUAAUUACAUGCGGGUGGCUGGCUUGGUGGCUUUGAAGCAUGGCAACUGUGGGACCUGUAUGAAGUUCUUCUGUGCUCACAGGACCGGUUCGCAUAGCCUGAUUGCAGCCAACUCUGCCGUAGCCAACAAGCGCUGCUCAAAUAGUUUUGGAUAGUUUGAUGGGACCUUGUUUAUAACUCUGAAGGCCUCUCUGACGCCUACACGGUGGUCUGUGUCUCCCAUGUGCGCGAGGAUCGAGCUGCUAAUGUUCUUUAUUUGUCCCUUUCCUAACAAUGUUGGGAGAUGUUCUUUUAUUCUUUUGGAUAAACGCCGGCUCGUGCGACCAAUAUAUUCUGUCCCACAGGAGCAGGUGAAGGAGCAAGUACACAGAGAGGUGGUCUGAGCUGGUAGUUUGUCCUUGUCCUCUCCUUAUAGGAUGUAACUGGUGGAGAACAGUGCACGGGUGUCAGCUGCUAGAAAGGUCUGUGAUACAGCUUGAGUUAGGCGUCUUUUUAAACUCUAAGCAAAGAGGCAUGAGAAUUCUGAGCUCGUAGAUCUGUCGGGCAAAGAUAGCAUUCCGUAGACGACGCGAAUCCAUGGGAGAUAGAGGCGGAACGCGAGUAUUAACCCCCCACAUCCCUGCGCCCGUGCGGUGGGAGGUUAAAUUACUUCGGUCUAAGGGGCGGACGCCUAAGACGCAUGCCUUUGUUAUGUUCUGCCAAUCCAAAUGCGAAAGUGGAAUGAAGAUGCGACGUUGCUUACGACUUAUUGCACCGAGCAUUUUAAGUAUCUAUUCGAGACCUCUUGACAGACGGAACGAAGCAUCCAACGAAUAGUCAGGGAUCGAUCUCAUGAAAUGUAGGCCGAAAUUCUGAAGUGCGUUUUUUUAUUAGGAAGGAUUACCUAGGUGGGGUUGUAACACCAAUUAUUAUGCGGCAUAAUCCCAUAAUAUUUCAGAUUCGCCGGCAUAAUGGCCUUUGGAACUAUUUUUUUCGACCUCCAACGAAAACCUCGCUCGGUAACAAUGACCGCUUAAGUAGUAGGCAUUUUUCGCAUUGAUUCUCGAUGCCCUUUAUAAUUUCAAACAUAUUUUACAGGAAAUGUGCGCAAAAAUAUUUCUUCUUACGCUGAUUUGGUAGAAAAUCACGUCUUCACAUUUUACGCUCGAGGAAACUGUGACUUUUGUUUUAGAAAGUUUAUAAUUAUGAGGUUUUGAAUACCAAGCAGUAUGCAUUCCUACAGCAGCGUACCUAUCCGUUUAGCAAUGCCACUUAUGACGUAUAAAACGUGUUUGGCAUCCAGUCCAGAAUUUUACCAGCUCUACAUGGUAUCUUUUUGAAAGCCUAGUAAACUCUAUGAUUUGUCCUACGCAGAAAGUUUACAUCUUGUAGACUGAAAUCGCUAAACGCUAAUGAGACGGCUGAUCUGGUUCAAAAUUAUUCGAGGAUUGGGAAAUUUUUCAAAACCUAAAUAUACCUUUUCUUCGAGUAUACAAUGUACAGGAGAGGUGAUUUACUGCCAAAUGAGUAAAAGAAGGCCUUUUUCGUUCAUUUUUCCUAUAAAAUACAUUUAAACUCAUAAGGGUAACGAAAAUCAAUGUGAGAAAUGCAUACUACUUAAAUAGUCAUUUUUAUUAAGUUGCUUUCUGCACCUGUCCAAUACCUGUUAAUCUCUAUGGUAAUCACUGUGUACUGGAGAACCGUUUUUGCUGAAAGUUUUGAAAGUUAUUUUCAAAAUAAAGCAUUCCUCUCUCUCUCUCUCUCAAAAAAAAGAAAUGCAUUCAGAAUUUAUCGUCCCAGUGAGUCCAAAAUAUGGUGGGAUUAUGCCAAACAUCAAUCAGUAUUGCACAACCUCCUAAGUAAUCUGUUCUUACCGACAACGCAUUUCGGGAUUUCAGUCAGCAUCUCAUGAGAUCGAUCACUGACUGUAUUUUACUUGUCCCAUUCUGUAUAGAAAGAUUACUGGUGAGGAACGAAUAGCACUGGGCGCAACAGAACCGGAGAAUUCCAUGUUGUAAGAUGACAAAGUAGUUGCACAAUUCUAAGGGAUAUGAGCCUUUCCGUGACCAGGCUAGGCUGAGCACAUCUGAAAAUAUGUGGGAUUAGAUCCCAAUCAGGCAGGGUUUCGACUCAACUUGAAAUUAUCGCACGUUACUUUGGUCCGGACUUGGAAAGCUACAACCACUGCAUAUGUGGGUCAUUUUGGCGAAAGCAUGUCGCGGAGGAUUGGCAAAGCAGCAGUAACAGAAUCUAUGAGGCUGAACUUUCACGUAAAUAUGAUCUCUGAAUUUCUCUUUGUUUUUUAUCCAAGCUAGGCUUUCGAGAUACAAAUCCACUGUUGCACUAGGCAUGAACUUUUGGAGGCACAAGCUUGGUCCGAUUUGCGGAAAAGGCCCUUUUUGUCCGUAUGUUUACAGUAAUGUGAGGUAUAGUUGUUGGGUGGGAAAAUCAUUAGCUGAGGAGGAGUAGACAGGGCGUGAAGUAUUUAUUCGCGUGUCCAGUUUAAUGGGUUGAAGGACUGGACAGCCUUGUUUGAAGUGGUCAGUCCGAGGUCAGGUUCCUCCUCAUUACUCUCCUGAACCGCCAGAUGGACGGUGAUCAUCAGGUGGAGAACACAGAAACAUUCCGACUUGCUAAACGGGGAAGAUAAACUGAUCGAGGACAUUUAGUUACUUCUUUAGGACGUCUCGUGCCUAUGAAAGCCUUCGUCUACGUCCUGCAGUUUCAAUAACCAAAAGAUACCUCGCACGCACCGCCAAAUCCGUAGGCGAAUCAACUAACAGGCAGCAGGCCACAGCAGCCGACUGACCGUACCUACUUCAGACCCAGACGUGUAGCAGAGAUUGGACGGAGGCUUUACGACGCGCCAACUACUGCAUCCCAUCGUGUCUCCUGUAAAGUACGUGACCUAUCUCGUGAAAUCUGAUAACGGAAACUACUGAGAGGAUUUCUGGACACCUUUAACGUCGCGUAUUUUGUUCGAUCAUCCACGUCCUUCAAUGAAACGUCCUUUUCUUGUGCAAAAUUAGCGUUUACGUAAUUAUAUCAAGUAGAAUAUCAGUAAAUGUUAGCGAACAUGAACGUUGGAAUAUAUUUGAGCAAUUUCCUAUGCUAAUACAUGUCCUUGACUCCGGUUACGCACCUGAGUGAUUUUUUCAUUGAAAUGAUAGUAGUUUAUCCGCGAGAGUUUUAAUAAACAGAUUUAGCCGGACUUGAAAAUUUACUUUUGUCCGAUGUUAACCAUGGUGAUCAACCUGCUAAAAAAGGUUACUUUAAGAAAACCAGAGGUUUUACCAAUUGUUAAAUGUCAAAUUAGCAGUUCUGUGCGAUUUGGUGCCCAUAUCAUUUACUUCAAACAAAUAAAAAAGGAAUCAGUGGGAAACUGUUUUGGAAUCCACAUUCAGAAUGUAGGCAGUUGACAUAUAGUCAUAUAUGAAAUCGCACUACUUAUUAAACGAUAUUUAGAUGUAAACUUCACUAAAACACUGUUAUUAGACGUUAUUCUAUGUCUACUUUCAUAUUUACUACGUUUUUGGUAUGAAAAUACAUUCUAUACAUCUAAAAACAAACUUCACUUAAUUAGGGCCAUUUCUGACGUUUUCGGUAUAUUGCACUUUUAAAAAUAAGUCGACAUUUCUAAACAACACAACACUGUCUUUAACAUUUCUUUUAUGUUUUCAAUUCUUUUAAACUUGUACUUAAUUAACAUAGAAAUCGGACUCAUGAAAUGGUGUCGGUUUGCGAGGGAUUGACAAUCAUUCGUAAAUUUCGACACAUUUCAUAAGUUAGGUCACUAACUGUAGGCCCGACGCUAAAAUGUUGUUGGAAGACAAAAUAAACUGGAAUGCAUUCAGCGCGUGUCCGGAAGGGACGCAGUAUGCGACUAAACUUUGCGCAUUACGCAUUACAGCCUACUGAUUCUUACGAAAACAGUAUUGUUUAAUUAGGGUAUACUGAUUUCUUUUUUUUCAAGAAAACAGUAAUUUUCGCUUAAAUAUCACAUUCAGAUUAUUUUCCGGUUGAUAUACACACUAAUUUGGCAUACUUUACUCGUGCUGGCAACCUUGGCGGCUUCUCUGUAUUCCGUUGUUCUGCAUCAUUAUGUCGUGCCGUUAGGUCAACGUCCCCACUUUACUCUCGUGGGGUUCGCCAACGUCAUUCGUCCUUGGGUUUCUAUUGGCUGUGUCACCGUCCUGAUCACUGAACGUGGCGUCUCAUUUUGCAGGCGCUGUAUUUAGUUUUCCUUGGUUUUUCGGUAUUAAAUUUCACUAGCACUCAAUUUUCCGGGUCGCUUUCAAGGUCAUGCAAGGAUCUAUUAGAACCUAUAAAUUAGAGCAUUCUUCCACAACUUCAUCCUUUUCAUCACUCUCUUCCCCAUCCAUUAGCUCUGCCCAUAUAGCCUCCCACUUCAACCGCUCUCGUAAGACACGAUGACCUAUCCUCCACAUUCUGGAUAGGGUCACAUAUUGCGUCGUUAGUGAAGGUCCGCUUCACAUUUUAUUCAGAACUAUCAGGAGGCGCCAGAGUUGUAGUUUGGAAGGCUGCCAGCUUACCCCUCCUCCUCCCCUCAAAACGAGGAUCAGACUGCAAUGGUUCCCUCUUAAAACGGCCUUUGCGACAUCUCUUUUCACUUACGGAUCCGAAACCUUUUUCACCGACACCUCGUUCAUGUGGGUGUAACGACCUUGGACCUUGCACCACCACUCUUGUAUCAUUCGUGGGUGUAGAUUCAGUCUCGUCAACUGGUACGCCAGGCUUAUUUUUAGAUCUCUGCAUUUUAUCGCAUCACCUGAACAGUUUCGGUGUGGGAGGAGUUCUUGCAUAAGUUAAUUCUCCGCUGACAGUGUUGAUCCGUGUCGCGAGCAACAGCUGGGGUCUGGGCAUUAAUCCGUGUUUUAGGAACUUGGGGACACACUCUACAUUUGGUGCCUUUCAAAUAUGGCAGUUCGACUGUCAUGCCCGACGAUAUCCAUGGUGCGCUCCACAACAAGGUGGGGAGGGCACGGCGACUUGCAAGUGAAUUAGUUUAUAGUGAGACUUGCGAAGCAUCUACUGCACCCUCCACUCCUUCCCACCUGGGUUCGGUGACAAGACACAGGCAAGAAGACCGGAGGCGAGAGCGGGCGCAAGUGGCCGGCACGGCCGGACCCGCACCUAGGCGUACCAUCACACAACCUGGUCCACAAUAAACAAUUGACCAGGGUUUUAACCAACAACAAAAACAGCACCACAGCGAGGCAGAAAGACAAGGAUGACUGGGCGCCAUGCUGGUUCUAGAGAACUGCCAGUUCACACCAGGCUGCGAGGACCAUGGUUUGUUGCAUCCUGGCAUAGCAGAUGCUUGCAUACCUUGCGUCCAAAAUCAAGAAGUCUGCUUAUGCCACUCCAGGUCAAGUACCUCGAUCGGAGUAUUCAGCCAGACACGGAAAUAUUCUCCCCUCUACUGCACUACAGGUGACCCUGCGCUAACUUCCAGAUGGUGCAUAUUCCCUUUUCCUCCUAACCGUUACUCUUAUAACAUCCUGGAAAUACGCGCAAGAAAACCUGCAAUAUGGGAGGCCCAUAUUCCAGUGUUCUGUCGAGAACUCACCGGAAACUGCCAGUGACUGUGCCAGAUUCUGGGGGAAAAAACAGGCUACAUACAUGAAGUUCUGUCUGACGUAUCGAUUCUGCGGUUGGUAAGCAAAGUCACAUACAUGCCAGGAUUGCGCCGUCCUCCAUCUCCUCCUCUACUGCUUCUAUCAUGUGUACAACAGUAUGUGAGUAAAAGGUAUCGGCGCAACAAUUUGAACUCUGUCUCAGACCACCUGUACAUUAUGUCGAACGUGCUAGCAACGCAAAGGUCCUCCCUCGAAAAUCACGCGGGAUCACCAUAAACCCCUCCCCUGUCUGUACUCAGGCAAAAGGACGUGGCCACAACUUUCACCCUGACAAAAACACAGUAAAUUUUGGUCUUCAUGACUUGUAACCUCAAGUCGCCUGUACUUUUACUCAGAAAGAGGCAGCAUACCUGACAAAUUUCAAGGGGAAUAUGGUCGAACGUUUUGCACAUAUCCCGUAAAUAUUGCAAGAAAUUAUGGCAUUACUCUUUUGGUUUAUUAGUCACCUUGGGGACGGGGGGUGGGGUUAGGUUAGUGGGUGUGCUCUGGUUAUCAAAACAGAGAAUUAAAUCUACAUUAGGAUUAAGAGAGAAAGAUAGUUGCCCAACACACUCCUUGGUAGCUAACACUGUUACCAGUUCGCGGCCGACAUGGCGUUAGAGAAUGCGCACAUUUGCCAGGCAAGGCUUUGUGCGGUGAGUGAUUUAAUACGCCACAGGAAUAGGAACACCCCUUAUUACCCAUGGCUUUGCGCUAGACUAGUUAUUAUUGUAUAGUCAAAAAACCUCAUGCUAGUUUUCAUUUCCCUCUAUUAAACGGCCCCGGAAUCAGUACAAAGUUUCCCUAGUCCUCACUACAGUGAGGGAACAAUCAAGUCAUUGAUGCCACCGGGAACAGUGUAAGGUCGGUCUCCUGUUAUCAGGCCCGUAUGGGAUUAGGAGUAGGGGGGAGGAGGAGGAGGAGGAGGAGGAGGAGGAGGAGGAGAUGUUUGCGGCGGCGGCGGCGGCGGCGGUGGUGGUGGUGGUGGUGGUGGUGGAAGAGAAGGAGGAGAACACGUCCUCCGAUACAUGUUUCUUUGUGGUCUAG